CCUCUCUCACACUUACUCUUUCUGCAGGACGAGGUGGCUAUGGAGCCUCUGAGCAUCACCGUGGUGUUGGUUAGUCUCAGCAGUUUCCUCGUCUCUCAGUGGAUCUUUUACGUCGCAUGCCCAUGGCUGUCCGAGCGCCUCAUUCCAGCUUUCCUCACACUCACACACAAGCAGAGGACAGAGUGGAGCUCCAGGGCCGUUUCCACAUUCCAUGCUUUGGUCGUGGGACUUUUUUGUCUCUACAUAUUAGUUUUUGAUGAAGCUAUCAAGAAAGACCCCAUUUGGGGAGAUCCAACGCUGGUAAAACUGAACGUGGGUGUAACCACAGGCUACCUCAUCUCAGAUCUGCUGCUUAUGAUCUACUUCUGGGAUUUCAUAGGAGAGAAGUAUUUUGUCAUACACCACCUUGCUGCUCUUUAUGCUUAUUAUUAUGUACUGAGUCAGGGAAUAUUGCCCUAUUUUGCCAAUUUCCGUCUGCUUGCUGAAUUCUCCACCCCCUUUGUGAACCAGAGGUGGUUUCUUCAGGUUCUGGUCUAUGACAAGCUUUCCAAACCCAGUCUUGUUAAUGGAGUAGCCAUGGCGUGCUCUUUUUUCCUGGUGAGGAUCGCAGUCAUCCCAGUCUACUACAGCCAAAUGUACAAUGUGUAUGGUACCGAGGCUUUCUACAGACUCACACUGGGGGCUCGCAGUGCCUGGAUCCUCAGCAGCCUCUGCCUUGACAUCAUGAAUGUCAUGUGGAUGCGCAAGAUCCUUCGGGGCUGCCUCAAAGUUCUACACUCCAGCAGAGGCCAAAAACCAGUGACAGAAUUAGAGAAGCCAAAAACUGACUGAGACUGAGAAAGUUAAGCUUAGUCAACUUUU